GAGCGGCUUGCGAAGACCUGGACUCGCCCUAUCUACACCUUCUUCGACCCAACACCGGAGGUCAAGUACGAGAAGACUCGUCGUUAUCAUGCCUUUCGCUGCAAUGCCCGCUUUUGCAAGGGCAAGUCACGCAUCGUCAAUCGGUUCCUCGACUCCAAGGACCACAACUCGACUUCCAACCUGCGGAAACAUGCGAAGAAGUGCUGGGGCGAUGAAAUUAUUAAUACAGCUGAUCAGGCGAAGGAUGCGUCAGAGGUCCGUAACAAGAUCAUGGGAGGUUUCCUGCGUGAUGGUAGUAUCACGACAGCAUUUGAGCGUAAAGGAAAGGGUGAGGUGCUGUACUCUCACCGGGCUCAUACAUGGACGCAGUCGAGAGCUGAGUUCAUACGCUGGGUUUCUGAGAGCCUACGUCCUUUCAAGAUUGUGAACAAUCAUGGUUUUCAUUGUUUGAUGAAGACAGGCCAGCCUGGUACAUAUAUUCCUUCAGAUUGUACGGUCUCGCGAGAUGUCAAGGCUGUCUUUGCUAAGGCUCGUCAGCGCAUCGCAAAGAUGUUACGGGAGUAUGACGGGGCCCUCAAUUUUGCUACUGAUGCUUGGACGUCUCCAAAUCACAAGGCCUAUAUCGCUCUCACUGUUCAUUUUGAACAUAAUGGUGCUCCUAUCUCGAUGAUCUUGGAUAUUGUUGAGGUCGCCAAGGUACUUUCUUCGUCUUUGUUUAUAUUUCUUACUGCUCUGGCUCAAUAUUUUUUCCCUCUAGUCUCACUCUGGCAUCAAUCUUGCUGCCACUUUUGCUGA